AUGACCGCCGACACAGAGACCCAAGGCGAGUAUGAUGAUGGUGGUUUGACUGGUCCUGGGGCUCCCACCCCGCUCUCUGCUCUGGAGGGUAUGGCCGGCUUGACUGCUCGAGAUAUCAAGUUGUUCCUGGAUGCCGGAUACCACACUGUCGAGCGAAUUGCUUUCACACCAAAGCGUCAGUUGGAGCAGAUUAAGGGGAUCUCAGAGCAAAAGGCUAGCAAGAUCUUGGGCGAGGCCAACAAACUCGUUCCCCUUGGAUUCACAACGGCCACCGAGAUGCACGCCCGACGAAGUGAGCUUAUCUCCAUCACAACUGGAUCCAAACAACUAGACACACUGCUUGGGGGUGGUAUCGAAACGGGGUCAAUCACGGAGAUUUUUGGAGAAUUCCGAACAGGAAAGAGUCAGAUUUGCCAUACUCUUGCAGUAACUUGCCAACUGCCCUUUGAUAUGGGCGGAGGCGAGGGCAAGUGUCUCUACAUCGAUACCGAGGGAACCUUCCGACCAGUUCGACUACUGGCAGUUGCCCAGCGAUACGGGCUCGUCGGAGAGGAAGUCCUCGACAAUGUGGCCUAUGCUCGAGCUUACAAUUCCGACCAUCAGCUACAGCUGCUUAACCAGGCUUCCCAGAUGAUGUGUGAAACCCGAUUCUCACUGCUGAUCGUGGACUCGGCGACCUCGCUCUACCGUACAGACUUCAAUGGACGUGGUGAGCUUGCAUCACGGCAGACCCAUCUGGCAAAGUUCUUGCGCACGUUGCAGCAUCUUGCGGAUGAGUUUGGCAUCGCAGUCGUCAUCACCAACCAGGUUGUCGCCCAAGUCGACGGUGGCCCCAGUGCUAUGUUCAACCCCGACCCUAAGAAACCCAUUGGAGGCAACAUCAUUGCCCAUGCUAGCACAACACGGCUCAGCUUGAAGAAGGGCCGUGGUGAGACCCGUAUUUGCAAGAUCUAUGACAGCCCUUGCCUGCCCGAAAGCGACUGUCUCUUUGCUAUUAAUGAGGAUGGCAUUGGUGAUCCCAGUGAGAAGGAUCUGGAGAAGGACUAA